UAUUUUUAUUUCCUUGUUUAUUUUGGUGGAGUCAGCCGGAAAAGUAGAGAGAAAUAAAGCAGGGCUGAAUUAAACCCAUUUUUCACGAUUACGCAGAAAAUACGAUCGAUCUUUCCUUAUGAAAGUUGCACUAGUAGUAGAAUAAUUUGGCGGAGUCUGACUCCGAAUUGAGAAUCCUCUUUUUCUUUUUCUAUCCCUCUCUUUUUCUUUCUAAUGGCGAUCUCUCAGGUUCGUCGUCUGGUCAUAUCUCGUGCACCUUCGAUUAUCCGUUCUCGUUCUCUUACUACUUGCAGAUCCCUCUCACGCUUGGUCACUGAGAAGGAUGUUUUAGUAGAGGGCAUUGGUAAUGGCACUUCAUUGAGGCCUGUUUCGUCCUUACCAAGGCCGAGUGGUAUUUGUCGGAGUUCUUCGAUGCUCAAGCUGCAGCACGGAACUCGAUCUUUUUCUUCUGAGGCUCCUUUACACGCGGUUGUAGCAAUGCCCGCAUUAUCCCCUACAAUGAACCAAGGGAACAUUGCAAAAUGGAGGAAGAAAGAAGGGGAUAAGAUAGAAGUGGGUGAUGUAAUUUGUGAGAUAGAGACAGACAAAGCCACCCUCGAGUUUGAAAGUCAAGAAGAGGGGUUUCUAGCUAAGAUACUUGUCCCUGAAGGUUCAAAGGAUGUUCCUGUGGGACAGCCUAUUUACAUAACAGUUGAGGAUGCAGAUGACAUUAAAAAUGUUCCAAGUGAUAUAUCUGGGAAUUCAGAGGAGAAAGAACCCAAAGAAGAAGCCUCAGCCACUAAAGAUGUUGGAACUCAAAUUUCAACUGCAGAUCUUCCUCCCCAUGCUGUUCUUGACAUGCCAGCAUUAUCCCCUACCAUGAACCAAGGUAACAUUGUAAAAUGGAGGAAGAAAGAAGGGGAUAAGAUAGAAGUGGGUGACAUUUUGUGCGAGAUAGAGACAGACAAAGCUACCCUCGAGUUUGAAAGUCUUGAGGAAGGGUUCCUGGCUAAGAUAUUAGUACCAGAAGGUUCAAAGGAUGUGCUUGUGGGACAACCUAUUGCAAUUACAGUUGAGGAUCCAGAUGACAUUAAAAAAAUUCCAUCCACUUUAUCCGGGGCAUCAACUCCUGAGGUCAAAGAGGAAAAGUCAGCACAUCAAGCUGUUGAUAAAGAAGGAAAGCUUCAGAAAACAGGUUUUACCAGGAUUAGUCCAUCAGCAAAGUUGCUCAUUACAGAAUUUGGCCUCGAUGCAUCUUCGCUGCAUGCAUCAGGCCCUCUUGGUACCCUUCUGAAAGGGGAUGUUUUAGCUGCAAUAAAGUCUGGAAAGGGAUCAUCAGGACCUUCUCAUGUAUCAAAAGAUAAAGCAUCUCAAUCAACUCAGUCCCUGCCACAAACUCCCGGAGUAUCAUCUUCCGGGUCAAGGUCUUCAGAUAGUUAUGAAGAUUUUCCCAAUAGUCAAAUCCGCAAGGUGAUAGCAAAACGGCUGUUGGAAUCUAAAAUGACUACACCGCAUUUAUAUUUAUCCUCGGAUGUUAUACUGGAUCCCUUGCUCGCUUUUAGAAAGGAUCUUAAAGAGAAGCACGACAUUAAAGUUUCAGUUAAUGAUAUCGUCAUCAAAGCUGUUGCGCUUGCUCUGAGAAAUGUGCCCGAAGCUAAUGCAUACUGGAGUGCUGAGAAAGAAGAAGUUAUUCUAUGUGAUUCUGUAGACAUUUCAAUUGCUGUGGCUACAGAGAAGGGGUUGAUGACUCCAAUUGUGAGAAAUGCAGAUCAAAAGUCUAUUUCAGCAAUCUCCACCGAGGUCAAAGAAUUAGCAGAGAAGGCGCGUGCAGGGAAACUUACGCCUAAUGAAUUUCAAGGAGGAACAUUCAGCAUUUCAAAUUUGGGAAUGUUCCCGGUGGAUAGAUUUUGUGCCAUUAUAAACCCUCCACAGGCUUGCAUCAUGGCUGUUGGCAGAGGUAACAAAGUUGUUGAACCUUCAAUUGAUAGUGAUGGCAUUGAAAAACCAGCAGUUGUCACAAGAAUGAAUGUAACACUAUCAGCAGAUCAUCGUGUUUUUGACGGAAAAGUUGGAAGUUCAUUCCUUUCGGCUUUGAACUCAAACUUCAGCGACAUUAGAAGAUUUCUCUUGUAAUAAGACAUCAGAUAAAAUCCCAUGAGGUCACGAUAAGAAACUUCCAGGGAGAGUGCUACACGUUACGGGGGUUGUCUCUCCAAGCUCAGACACUUCAGAAGUUCUUUCAAUUCUAGAAAGAUUCGUUUGGUGCUUGUAAUCUCUGUCCAACAGCAUUAUGUUAUUAAAGGUUUUAUCAUUUACUGCAUAAGCAGAUGUCUGAAGUUCCUGAGCUUCUCAGGUCUUAAAACAAGGUGUUUAUUUUUUUUUUGACAAGAAAUUGAGAGUUGCUGUUUCACGAGGUAUACUGUAAUAAGCAAUAAAAUAAAUUUAUUACUCUUCUCAUUUUGUAACAAAGCUAGUGCAAUAAAAUCAAUUUUU